GUCUUGGCCUAAGACCCUCGCUGUUCUGCCUUAAGUCUGAGCCGUCUGUGGAGCAUCUCAUUCUUCCUCUGAGGCAUUGGUGAUUGUUACAAUUGCUUGCUGUCAAUUGUAUUGUCCCAGUCAAUUACAAUGGCUUCUGAGAGAGAACCUACAGCGGCGGGCGCUGAUACUUCUGCGCCUGCAGACACGACAAAUGCUGCUGGCGAACAGAACGCGCCGGCUGCUGAUGCUGCCAGCAACGAUGCCUCUUCCGACGACCAUGUUCGCGAUGAGAAGGUCGCUCCAGGCCCAACCAAAUGGCAAAAAGUGAAGAGUCAUUUCUGGCGGUACAAAUGGUGGUAUUUACUUCUUGUCGCUGUUCUUCUCGCCAUUUUACUGCCACUGCUCUUCACUGUAAUCAUUCCCGCAAUCGUCCAAGACAUUCUCAAUGACCAGAAGCUCCCCAUAUACGGCGGCGCUUUACAGGUUAUAUCUCCAACCGAAGUGAACAUGAGUAUCGAGACACAGUUAAAGACACCAAUCGCUGCGACUCUGAAACCAGUGGAUCUCUUCCUCUACAGCAAGGAAACGAAGCCCGUGUCGUCAUUUUUCAAGCUUCAAUUCCCUGAAACGCACAUCAAGAGUCACACUAAUGUCACCAUCACCAACCAGACACUCCUGGUGACAAAUGAGACUGAGCUGACGAAGUGGUUUAAUGUUUUCUUCGACAAACCCGAUGCCGAAUUGUCGUUGGAGGGAAAGCCUGAGAUUAGGCUUGGCUCUUUGAAGUAUCACCGCAGUCUGAAGAAGACUGUUGACAUCGCUUCUCUUAACUACCUUGACGGCUUUGCGCUCAAGAGCUUAGACUUUGAUCUGAAUGCCAAUCGGACAUCAAAGAACAACAUGAAGGGAAUGCUAAACAUCCCAAACUCCGGAGUCCUUCGACUUGGACUAGGCAACCUGACAUUCAAUGUCAUGUCGGGCGACAUUAGACUGGGUCUCAUCAACCUCUGGGAUCUGCAGCUCUGGCCAGGCAACAACUCUGUACCGUUCGAUGGCAACUUCUACUUCGACCAGCUGGUUCCCAACCUCUCUGAGAUCCUCGAUAUGCAAAAGGGACCUCUAGGUAACGGCUAUCUGGAGUUCAACGCAACAGGAAACACCACCAUUGCUGGUGGUGAGCACAUCAAGUACAUAGAAGGGGUGUUGAACUACAAGCAUAUCAGGUUCACCUUCCCUGUGAUCACUCUGCUGGGUGAUGUCCUUGGUGGCUUGCUGGACGCCAACCAGGGCUCGCUUCUGGAUAUCUUUGGCACUUCGAUUGGAAAUUCGACGUUGCUUGAACACGUCCUGGGACAUUGGGAUAAUAACGGCGAAGGAGGAUCUUCUAAUAAGACUGCAAGGAGUUUGAUGGAGAGGAGUAAGACCAGAGCACCAAAGGCCUGGAUGUGGAGUCUUCUUAAAUUGGGUUUAACGAGGAGGAGCUUAUGAGUAUGAUAGUGUAGUCUUGGUUUUUAAUAUGAUCUGAUGCCUUUUAUUGCAUAACCUCAACCAUGAGACCGUGAAUGUCGCAUUGUCACUAUGUGAACCCUGGCG